AUGACCUGCACAGAUUUGACCCAGUUUUACAUGUAUGGGAGGGGUGAAACCACUGGGACAAGGCCCAUGCCCCCGGAGGAGACAAUCCUGCUGCGUUGUAGGAUCCAAAUGUUUCUCUUUGGAGGCACAAGUCCAAAAGAGAAUUACGAUGAGAUACCUGAGGAGGAUCCAAAUGGAGAGGAACAGACUGACCGACGUCUUAAAGACCAUAAUGAUCUUCAUGUGCUUGACUUUGAACCAAGCCUGAAAACCUUAUGCCUGCUGGAAGUGCAGAAGCUGAAGCUGGAAAUAACCUGGUUGCCUCAGGAGUUGAAAACGCUCCUCAAGUUUAUGCAGACGCCCAAUAACAUCACUCGACCUGCAUCACACUGGUUGAGCCCUCGAUGA